UCCAAACUUAGAUUUAUAUUCUUCUCUUGCUAAGCAUUCAGAGCAAAUACCCACUCUCUAUUCACUGCAGCUUCAGCUUCCUCCCAGCAAUUUCCUAUUCACACCAUCCAGUAUUGCUUCUUGAGCACUCUGUCAGUGUCAGAUCUAUCUUGUUUGUGUUCGGAUCCUUCCUUGUGUGUUUUUUUUUCCUUCAUUUAUUAACAAUCUUUGUUGGGCCUUCUUAUAUAUUCUCUUGUUCUUCUUGAACACUUCAUGUGCCCUGAUUCUUUGUAUUUGCAUUCUUCUUGUCUCUUUGAUCUCUACAGUCCCAUUAAUCAUUGUUGUUUGUUGUUCUUGUUUUAAGAAGAAAAAUUUAAAAAACAAAAAACAAUCUGGGUGCCCUGUUUGUAUCUCUACUCUGAUUUCUCUCUAGUUCCUAUUUUUCUUCUUCUUCUUUGAAAAAGGCAAAAAAAAAAAAAAAAUCUCAAAGAUAAUUAUCCAGCGAUUAGAGUUUUGAGGUGGAUCUCUCCAUUAAUCACUGCUAUUGUCGUUUUCGUUAUUAAAAAAAAAAACAUACAAUUUGUGUGCUCUACUUGAAUUCCUGUUUUGGCUUUUCCCUUCAGUUCUGUUGAUCAUCUUCUAGUUCUUGUUCUUCGAAAAAAAAAAAUUUGCUUGACUCUGGUACGCCUAUCCAUCAACCGUUGCUGUUCUUCGUCUUCGCUUAACGUUAAAAGUAAAAACCAAAAAAAGUAGAAGGGGAAGAAGGAGGCAUUCCAACAUAGUAGAAAAAGCGUUGAAACUUGAGUACUCUCCCGUACGUCUUUUUGAGUGAGAGAAAGCCCUCCCACAACCUAUCAAAUUUACUUAGGGGAAUCACGAAGCAAGGAGAGCGCUCUGAUCGAAGGCAUUGAACAUUUGAGCAAAAGAGAAGCUCCGCUUGUCAUCCAUCAACAUCCGCCAUCACCUUUUUCUGUUCGAAGUCCAUUGAGCUCCAUCACCAUCGAUCUUUGUCUUUGGAGCAUAUCUAUCGUUGUCGCCUCUUGUGAGUGGGUUCAAGUGAGUUCUUUGAUUUUGAGUCUCCAUUUAUUUUGUUUCUUCUUCCCUCUUCUUCCAUUGUAGGUGAAUCUUCUUCAAAUGCAUUUUUUCAAUGGGUGCUUGCUCCUUCUUCCUUCUCCAUUGUUGGGUAUUACUUUAAAUGGCAGCUGAGAUCGGGGCCGGCGCUGCAACGAAGUGUACUGAAGUAUUGCUAGAUAAAGUGAUGAAGGAACUUCAAUAUCUGUGUUGUUACAAGAGUUAUGCCGCUGACUAUGAACAGAAAAAAUUAGAAUUGUCAGCCAUGGUGAGGAGUGUGGACAUAAAGAUAGAAGAAGCCAAGACAAGAAACGAGACUCAAAUUGACCCUAUGGUUGAGCACUGGGUUCGAAGAGCCAAACAACUUAUUGGACGAGAAACAAGACCAAAAAAAUGGUUUGGUUUCUGUACUGAUUGCUUUUCCCAAUGUUCAUUGGCCAUGGAAUUAGAGAGCAUGACGCAGGAGAUUCCAACAAUAGUGGAGAAAGUCGAGAACUUCUCUCAAGUUGCUCAUGCAGCUAAACAUCCAGGCAUGGAAUUCUAUUCCCAAGAGUUCAUGCAUUUUAAAAGUAGAGACUCGAAAUUUAAACAGCUUAGGGAGGAAUUGAAAGAUGGAAAUAAAUGCAGGAUCGCAUUGCAAGCAAUGGGAGGAUCAGGAAAAACAACAAUGGCAAAAGAAGUUGGGAAGGAAGUUGAGAAUUCAAAGGCAUUUGAUAAAGUUAUCUUUAUCGAGGUUCCCAACCCUAUUGAUGAAAAAAAGAUUCGAGAUGAGAUUGCGAAGAAAUUGGAUUUGGGGUUAAAAGAUGAUAAAGAACGCACACAUGCAGAACAAAUAUGGAGUAGAAUUGCUAGCGCUGGAAAUGUACUCAUAAUUCUUGAUGAUGUCUGGAAAGAGCUCAAGCUUGAGAACAUAGGGAUUCACCAUGGCAUCCAUACCCAUGGUCGCUGUUGUAUUUUGAUAACCACACGUAAUGGGACAGUUUGUUCAAGCAUGAGAUGCCAAAAGACAAUUAAACUAGAGGAAUUAGCUGAGGAAGAUGCGGUGGAUCUUUUCUUAUCUCAUGCUAUUGAGAGUGGAAAUGAUUGUCGUGAUAGAGUGAAGGUGCCGGCAUCAAAGAUUGUGAACAAGUGUGGAAGAUUACCUAUUAUAGUUGUGGCAGUAGCAAAAACCUUAAGAAACCAAGAUCCGAAAGAAUGGGAGGAUGCUUUUGCAGCAACAGAAAAAGAUGCAUCCUUAAGGUACGGGAAUGCUGAUGAAGAAGCAAAGAAGUUUUAUAAUUCUUUGAGAUUAAGCUUCAAUUAUCUAGAUGCAAGAGCCCAAGAUCUCUUCCUUUUAUGUUCUAUAUUUCCAAGAGCUUAUGAUAUAUCAGUAGAGCUUUUAAGCAGAAUUGCGAUAGGCUCGGGACUUUGUGGAAAUGUUGACAGCUACUGUAUAGCAAGAAGUCAAGUUCUUUCAAUUAAAACCAUACUUGUAAGUUCUGCUUUAUUGUUGACUGCUCAAGAAGGAUAUGUGAAGCUGCAUGAUGUGAUUCGUGAUGUGGCCCAACAGAUAGCGGAUGAAAAGGUUCAAGUAAUCAUGGAUUCGGAGACAAAAUUGAAGGAGAAUGUCAAAUAUUCAUCUUGGAUCAUAAAUGACUUUUCCAACUAUUUUGAGGGUAGCAAACUUGAGGUUCUUCUAGUAUGGGUAAAUGCAAAUGGUUCUUUGGAAGUCCCAGAUGCAUUCUUUGAUAGCAUGAAGGGACUUAGAGUUUUGCUUUUGUAUUCAAGGAUAAUGUCUGGGAGAACUUUGGCCUCAUCACUACCAAAAUCAAUUCAAUCUCUAGAAAAUAUCCAAACACUGUCUCUAACAAAUUGGAAGUUAGGUGAUAUAUCUAUUUUGCAAAACCUAAAAAAACUCCAGACACUUGAAUUGACUGAUUGUUCAAUUACCGAACUUCCAACUGAUGUCAGCCGACUGGAGAAAUUGAGAUUGCUAGGCUUGGUACGUUGUUCAGUUGAAAGGAAUAAUCCAUUUGAAGUGAUUGGAAGAUGCUCCAAGUUAGAAGUAUUGUAUUAUCUUUCAAAUGAUGUCAAUCUUAACAUUGAUGCAAAGCCUUCUAAAAUUACAGUUCUUCAAGAAUUUGGAAUAUAUCAUAUAGAAGGCGAAUUCUCUUGGUGUUCUUUUCAAUUGGAUGGUUCAAUAAAAAGAUAUUUCAAUUCAACCACGUUAAAAGGGAUCUUGUCUGAAAGCACAGUAAAAUCCUUGGCAGCAAGAGCAGAGAUUCUUGAGUUAACAGAAUGUGAUGAAACAAGAUGGACAAAUCUUAUUCCUGAUAUGAUUCAUAUAGAAGACGGAGGCAUGAAUGACUUAAGUAGGCUUUGUUUGAGAUCUUGGCCUGCAAUACAGUGUCUAAUUUGUACAAAUGACAUUCAUUCUGAUGCAACUAUCUUCUCCAAUUUAGUUGAGCUGCAACUUCAUGAUAUGCAUGUCAGGGAAUUAUGCCGCGGUGAUUAUCCUAAUGACUUUCUCAAGCAACUUGAGAAGCUAGGCUUAAGUCAAUGUGUUGAACUAGAAGGCACAUUAUUCAAGGGCAAACUAGAGUUGGCUAAUCUCAAGUAUAUAGAAGUAGUGGAUUGUUCAAUGACUUGUCUUUUCCAUCCAUCCACAACUCAGAGUCUAAAGCAAUUAGAAAAUGUAUACAUAAGAGGAUGUUCUAAGCUGGAAUGCCUAAUAAGUAAUGAGGGAUUGGCAGAGCUGCAAAAAGUGAAUGAUCAUCAAGAUCCAAAUCAAAAGAACUAUCAUUCAAUUUUCUCAAGAUUGAAGUUUCUGGAGGUUAGAGAAUGUCAUGGAUUAAAAUUUAUAUUGCCAACUUGUUCUUGUAAAGAGCUAGAAAGUAUGAAAAUCUAUGAGUGUAAUGAGCUAAAAUACAUAUUUGGGCAAUGUCCUGAGGAGGGAGGACUGUAUCAAAUGGAAAAAGAAAUCAUGCUCCCUAUACUAAAAGGAAUAAAAAUUGCAAACACACCGAAAUUCAUCAACAUAUAUGCAGAAUGUUAUCUCCCACAGCCUUCCCAAGUGAAGAAAUCAUGGGGCAAUCUAUGCUAUUUUUUGCCAAAAUCAAGUGCCUUAAGUAGAGAUGACCCAGCUUUGUCCGAGUCCAUACAACCGGACCAUACACAGGCAUCAAAGGAGAAGAAUGUUGUGAAUAGAGCAUAUGGCCUUUUUACACCGCCAUUCUACCCAUAUAAAAAUUUGAGAAAGAUGAGGAUAGAGGGAUUUUCUGAGUUAAAGUCACUCUUUAAUCUAUCCGUUGCCUCAUCAUUGAAUUUGCUCGAAAAAUUGGAAGUAAUAAGCUGCAAUGCAAUGGAGCAGAUAGUGAUAGACGAGUGGCAUGGUCAUUAUCACAUGAAUGGCAGCUCUACUGGCUCUAUCUUUCCCAACUUACAGCGGAUCAAAGUCAGCGAGGCUGAAAAGUUGAAAUAUGUGUUCGGACAACGUCACCCCAAUCAGAAGCAUAAUGUUCAUAUGGAACUUAAUCUCCCAGCUUUCAAGGAACUGUACCUUGAUGAUGUCCCAAAUAUGAUUAGUAUUUGCUCCGAAAACUAUUAUGUGAAGGCAUUAUCUCUACAAGGAACUAGUUUGGAAAAAUGCCCCCAACUUCCCUUAAAAACUAUUAUAGAUCUAUCAGUUGAUGUACGAAAAAGACCAGAUCUCUCAAGGAUAAAGGCAUCAAAGGCGAAGUCUAUUCCCAGUACAACUCAUGAAUAUUUCACACCAACUUCAUAUCACUGCAAUUUGAGAGAGAUUGAGAUAACUGGAUCUUCUGACUUAACAUCACUCUUUACCCUAUCCAUUGCCUCAUCACUAAAAUUGUUGGAAAGAUUGGAAGUCAAGGAGUGCAAUGCAUUGGAGCACAUAGUAACUGACGAGGGGCAUGGUCAUGAUCAUAUAAAUGGCAGCUCUGUCUUUCCCAAAUUACAACGUGUUAUUGUUGAUAGUUGUAACCAUUUGGAAUAUAUAUUUCCAGCUUUUUAUUCGAAAGACUUAAAGGAUUUGGAAUAUGUGGACAUUGCAAAAGCUGAAAGGUUGAAAUAUGUGUUCGGAAAAUGUCAUGCUGAUCAAAAUCAUAGUGAUCAGAUUGAACUUAAUCUCCCUGCUCUAAAAAAUCUAUACCUUAUUGAUGUACCCAAUAUGGUUCAUAUUUGCACUGAAAACUAUCAUGUGAAAGCAUUAUAUGUAGAAUGUAUCAGUUUGGAAGGAUGUGCACAACUUCUCAUACGAACUCUUACAGAUUUCUUGGAAGGUGGACAUAAAAGACAAGAUUUCUCAAGGAAAAAGGCAUUAUCUCUCAAGGAGAAAGGUAAGCCUCUUUCUGACAAGCAAGAGGUGACUGAUUUUAGGGAUAAAAGCAUGGGGCCUAAAAGUUAUCUGAGCUUUCGAAAUCUCUCCACGCUAGAAAUGGAAGGAUGCAAACGAUUGAAAUUUAUAUUGUCUGCAUCUACCUCAAGAAGCAUGCCAAAAUUGAGAUGCCUCAUCGUAUCAAACUGUGGAGAGCUAGUUAGCAUCAUUGAGGAUGAAGAGAAUGAAAUAAGCAGAGAAUGUUUCCCAGAGCUAAGUAAAAUUGAAGUAAGGCAUUGCAAGAAGUUGAGAUGCAUAUUGUCUAUGUCCAAAUGUGGCAAGCUUCCACAACUCAUGAUCUUGAUCAUAGAAGAUGCCCCUGAGCUUGGGCAAGUAUUUGGAUGGGAGCAGGGCAUGCCAAAAGAGCUCAUGAAGGAUGUGCUUCCAAGGCUAUUUGCAUUGAAGCUGAUAAAUCUACCAAGUCUUCAUACUAUCUGUCAAGGAAUUGAUUUUCAAAAUGUGAAAAUCCGUCUUGUGCAAAAGUGUCCCAAUGUUACUUUAACUUCAGCUAAUGCCAGCUCCAGUGAAUUAUAUGAUGUUUAUAUGACAUUACGAAAUGAUCAGACAAACUUUGCUGAUGAAGGCUACCCCUGCAGAUAUGACAUUCUUCACUGGGCUAUCAAGAGAGAAGAAGAAGAAAAAGAAUCAAAGGAAGCUCUUGAGAGAGAGAAGACAAUAUCAGAACAGAACAAUAGUUCUCCAGAACCAGCAAAUAGUGAACAGACAUCCAAGGAGGUUACUGAAAAUGACCCCACGAUACACAAGCAGAACUACUGUUCUGAGACUGAAGAAAAAGGAUCGCCAGAGGAUCUCAGAAAAGACUCAACAAUGCCAAAUCAGAACGAUGAUGAUUCACCAAAUUUGGCAGAUAGUGAAGAAACAUCAAAGGAGAUUGUUGAAAAAGACUCCACUGCACACAAACAGAACAGUGAUAUGCUAAAUAUGGCGAAGAAUACUGAUGCUUCAACAAAUGAAUUUGUUGAACAACAGCUUUCUAGUUCACAUACAGCGGCAACUUCAUCUAAUUUAGAUAUGGAAAGAUUGGAGCUAAGUGUUCAAAAAGGUUCGAAAUUAGAUGGAGCUAUCAAAGAAAAUCAAAUCAUGAAUUCAAAAUCAAGCAAUGCAUCACCAACAGCAUCUAUAACUCCACGGGGAAAUAAAUCUCCACAUGAAGCUGAAGCAACUAUAGGAGAAGGUCUUUCAUCUGAGAAACAUGACACAAGUAAGGAGAAAGUAGAUGCAAGUGUUCAUGGAAGUCCAAAAUUAGAGGAAGCAGGAAUAUCAAAUGAAGUCAAGGAUUCAGAACACAGAGCCAUGCCAGCACCAUUUGCUAGUCCUUUACAAGUUGAAACUGCACAAGAAACAGUGGAGGAGACAAGCGUUCUAAAAAGUCAAAACUCAGAGGAGGCUGUGUUGGCAGAUGAAGUCAUGGAUUCGAAGCUUAGCAACAUACCCUCACCGUUUUCUAGUCCUUUUCAAAUUGAAUCUCCACAAAUUGCUAAGGAAACAAUGGAGCCAAGUGUUCGAGAAGGUUCUAAAUUAGAUGAAGCUGGCAAAACUGAUCAAAUCAUGCAUUCAGAUUUAAACAACACAGUCCCAACAAAAUCCGUUGUUCCUCCAGAAAAUAAAUCUCCGCAUGUUAAUUUGGUUCACAAAGUAAGUCCAUCAACUAAUACACAAAUGAUCUCUCAAUGGGUCCCUUCAAUCUCUGCUCAUGACAAGCCUCAAAUAGAAACUGCAACUACUCCCUUAGAACUAGAGAGCUCACAUUCAGACCUACCAGAUAUUUCAGCAACUACUGAAUCGGCACAAGAUGAGACUUGGACUGAUGAAGAAAAUAAGUUUGGCAAGAAGUCUGAACAAUAUGAAGAACAUGAUCACAUGAGAUUAUUCCAAAUAACAAAGGAAGGUGCUGAUAUGGAAGUCUACAUGCCUUAUGUUCAUAAAGUCAUUGCUGAUCUUCAACAUCAUGAUGAGGUGGCUAAGGCCCUUGCUGACUUGGUAGCCUCAUUGAAGAUGGGUUUAAAUGAAAUAGCUACCUCAGAAGAAAACAGACUUGGCCUUGAGAAAGCUCUCACCAUCUUGUCCUCAUAUUGUUCUGAAGAUGGACCUCCCUCUCAUAGCCUUUUUCAAGAUGCAAUAGACUCUAUGCAUCAUGAAAUCCAAAGUAUUUUUUCUUCCUUCAACCAAGCUUAUGACACCAUGGAGACAUUCACCAAGCUUCAAAAAAAAGAGAAGCUUAUGAUUGAACAACACUCACAACGAAAAGAAGCUGCCGCUGCCACUUUAUCUGAAAUUUGCAGGACUGAGAAUUCAAUGGUUGAAGCUCAACUAAAGGAAGCAGAGCUAAAUGAGCAUAUCUCUAAGUUACAGGCUGAACUGGAUAGCAAGAAAAAGGAAAUUGAGGAGUUUAAGAUCAAAUUGUUGUAUCUUGAAGAGCAAGACAAGAAGAGUGCUUCUGAUGACAUAAGAUUCAUAAUGGAGUUUGAGGAAGUGAAGAAAGAGGUGUCAGGCAUGGUUGAAACACAAAUGAAAGCAAGGAAACAACUGGAAAAUAUGGACAUCAAGUGGUCUUCCUGUUUAUCCAAUUUUAUGAAAACCACACUACUGUUGGGAAUUCAUCUUAAACAAAAACUCUGACUGUUGGAGACUUAUUCAAAUUUCCUUCAAAAAAAAUUCUGGAGUCAAAAUUAGUAGUUUUUUUUUUUGGACGAAAAGUCAAAUUUAGUGGCUGGGUUGUUAUGUGUGUAUAUCUUGAGUUGUGUAUUAUCGUUAGGGUGAUUUUCACUAAGUUGAUAGUCAGUAAUAAUAGAGUUUUUUAAAAAAAAAAAAAACAGAAAGUGUAGGGAUGUGGUUAACAGCCCUUGAACUCAUUGUUGUACGAAUUGAUUUAAUGAUUAUGUUGUAAAGUUUUAUA